AUGGACGGCUCACGCGGCGACCAAUACCUCGUCAAGGAAGUCCCGUACAGUGCAUAUGCAGACCGUCCGGAAUCUAGCGUCAUGGACAGGAACCAUGAAAUGUCGGUUCAAAUACUCAAGGAUACCUUACCGGAUGACAGCCAUUCACAGGCAUUAGUUCUUUACCAUGACCCAAUGACAUCCUCUGUGGGCUUCACAGCCGAGUCCAGAGACAAUGCUCAGACGGAUCAAUUUCGUCAACGGCCAGCAGCUGGCGGUCAAAACAGUCCCACCGGCUGCUGGACUCCCUCUAUCAGCGAAAAAACAGUGGGGCCGAUGAGCAAUCCCCCUUUCACCCCUGGAGACGACAUGACGAGCAAUGAGCACAUGAAGCGCUCCAUGGACCACUUUAUGGCCGAACUGUUGCACCUAGUAUCUACUAGCCAAGCAAACAUAGGAUCAUUGUCCAAAGGCGGCAACAAGCACGGGUGGCGUGCCCGACGCACGGCUCGAUUGAGAGAGGACGGUGGUUGUGCGAUCGCAAAAUCCACGGCAGCCCGGCUGUACGAUCGGGCACGUCAGGCUGGCAUUGCUUUUUUUCAACGGCAGCUGCAAGCAAUUCAACGCUGUCUGGAUGAGGAAGCCGCGAUGGCGCAUGGAGUGAUUGACGAUCCCACGCUCCUGCGUGUAAUUGCGCAGAGGCAUCCGAGCUAUGCCAAGCCGAUCCGGGUGAUUGGCCUGCUCCAGCGACAUCUGCCUCAUGAUUUUCGAUGGUCAACGGUCUUGAAGGAUCGUCGAGCGUUGGUGCAUGCUGUCUUGAAGAUGGCGAGGAAUUGGUUAUCUCGGGACUAUUCUUAG